CCCGACCGCCUCCAUGCCAGGGAGAGGGAGAUGGGCGUCAUCCGGCAGUUCCUGCGGGAGUACGUCUGCGGACGCCGGCCCGGCAGCCUCUACGUCUCCGGAGCCCCCGGGACGGGGAAAACGGCCUGCCUGAGCCGCAUCCUGCUCGACUGCAAGGACGAGCUUGCUGGGAGCAAAACCAUCGUCCUGAACUGCAUGUCGCUGAGCAGCCCGCAGGGCGUCUUCCCCGGCGUCUUCCCCGCCAUGGCGCAGCAGCUGGGCCCGCCCGCGUGUGGCCAGCCAGAGGAGGCGGCCCCGGCAGCAGCUCUCCCUGCUCAGGGUGCUGUGAACGGGCCGUGGGGGUGGUGGGCAGAGCUGGGGCUGACCUGGGCUCCCCCUCCGCUCCCCCGCAGCCUGCUGGUGCUGGAUGAGCUGGACCAGCUGGAGAGCAAGGGGCAGGACGUGCUCUACACCCUCUUCGAGUGGCCCCGUCUGCCCGGCUCCAGGCUCGUCCUCGUGGGGUUGGCCAACGCACUGGACCUGACGGACCGCAGCCUGGCCAGGCUCGGUGCCCGGACGGACGGCAGCCCCCGGCUGCUGCACUUCCCACCCUACACCAGGGAGCAGCUCACCGCCAUCCUGCAGGAGCGGCUGGGGCAGGGGGGGGGGGGGGGGGGCCCCAGCCAGCACUGGGGGUGCCCGUGCCGGGGCAGCCGCUCUGCCCGGCACUCAGGGCUGACUCUUCUCAGGCGCGCCGUGGAGGUGGUGGAGCUGGAGGUGCGGAGCCAGACCCUGCUCAAGCCGCUGCCCGGUGGCGACUCCCCGGCGUCCCCCAUCCCCAAGCGCGUGGGGCUCCUGCACGUCUCCCGCGUGAUCUCGGAGGUGUUUGGGGACCGGCUGGCGGCGAGUGGCCAGGGGACCCGGGACACCUUCCCGCUGCAGCAGAAGGUGCUGCUCUGCUCCCUGCUGCUGCUCGCCCAGCGCCUGCGCACCCGGGAGGUGACACUGGGGAAGGGCAGCUCCCGCCCUGCUGCCCCCCGGCCCUUGUGCCGCGGGGCCGGGCUGUGCCGGCGGGUGCGGGGCUCCCGGGUGCCGCUUCUGGCCUCCCCCUCCGCAGGGGACGGCAGGGCCUGGCUCCCCUCCUGCCUCAGUUUCCCCCGGCAGCUGCGUGCAGGUGACACGGCCACCACCAGUGGGUGCCGGGACAGCGGGGAGGAGGGCAGGGCCCUGUGCCCCAUCCCACACUGCCCGGUGCCUGCGGGCACCCCGUCCCAGCUGGGACUCCCUACUUCGCCCAGCUGUCCUUGCACACCCGCCGUGUCCCUGGCGCUCAGCGCUCGUGCCGAGAGCAGCGUCGCGGCCACCGAGCCUGGGGAGGGCCUGUGCCGCCGCCUGCCCUGCGGCGCUGGGAUUCACCAGCUCCACGGCUCUGGCUCUAUUUAUAACCAGGAGGCUCUGGCGUGUCGACGUGCCACACUCGGCUGUGCCGGCCGCGGGCAGAGCGUGCCCUGGGCCACCCGCCCUGACAAGGCCCUGUGCUGA